UAAAAGCUUUCCAUACUUUUGUGUGCAUAAAACGUGACAAAAGUAAUGCAAAUUGGGUGAGCCCACAGAAUUCCACUUCCACGAUAUUGAAAGUCUCCAAAAGACCUCGAAAAGAUGACGAAUAAUGAAGAGUUUGACCUUGACUGCCAAGAGCUUGAAAGACUGUUGACACUGACGACAAGGGACUCUGUCAGGAACAUACUAUCUCAACAGAUCCAGACCUUAAAAGAACCGGUCAAGAGAUCAAGAGGAACUUAGAGGGCCAGACGAGAAGGGGGAUACCCAGGCUACGCCGGGGGUAGACCAGAAGGGAGAUACCCAGGCUACUUCGGGGGCAGACGAGAAGGGGGAUACCCAAGUUACGCCUGGGGCAGUAUCCAGCAGCGAUGAACCUCCUGGUCCUGCACCGAAGGCCGUCGCUCCAGACAUCGUACCAAAACCACAGAAGAUCUUGGUCUCCAAACUUCCUACCAAGACCAUUACUUCGUACGGCUGGGAUCAGUCCCCCAAGUUUGUGAAGGUGUAUGUGACACUGAAUGGUGUUCAGUCGCUUGCCAAAGAAGAUAUCACAGUUGAAUAUACAUCAAGUUCGAUGAGCCUGAAAGUAAGGAAAUCAGAGGUCCUACACCAACUCAUUAUCAACAGCCUCCUGCAUCAGAUCAUACCGGACAAGAGCCAUCACAAGGUAAAGACGGAUAACCUGGUGAUUUUAAUGAAGAAGAGGGAGGAAAAGAAUUGGGACUAUCUAACACAGACUGAGAAGAAGGCUAAGCAGAAAGGAAAACCCGCUUCACCCAAGACGAACACCGGCGACCCAUCCGCAGGGAUCAUGGACCUCAUGCAGACGAUGUACGACGAUGGCGACGACGACAUGAAACGAUCGAUCGCUCAGGCGUGGACGCAAGCUCGUGAGAAGAAAGACACGAUGGAGCUACCAUGAUAGGCCUUGUUAAACAUGUAUGAUGUAGUCUUAAAGCACAGACCCUAAUUGAGACAGCACAGACUCUAAUUGAGAUGGUCAAGGGAGCAAAUAUUCAUCACGUCUUGAGCCAAGGCUAAAUUUAUUGGCCUCCGGCGGAUGUGUCAUCAGGAGCAGCCACAGCACAUGGCCUAUGGACUGUGGUGUUUAUAGUCUCACAUUUCAGACUGUGUGUUACAGUAUGGAUUAUAAUUGAUAAGGACAUGUGCCUGUAGACCUAUGGAUUUGCUUCAGAGCACCAGUCUCUACUGUACCCAUCCGGACAGUGUUUGUCUGAAAAGGCUUCAAUUCCGGCCUUUUUUUCCCUUUUUUUUCCCUUUUUUUUUUACUCAUCCAUUUCCAUAUUGGGACUGGACAGACACGCAUGCAGUAUGGAUUGGACAGCAUAGCAAUGGAACUAAACAGAACACUUCCAAGCGACACAUUUAUGUACAACGUAGCAGGAAGCAUUCGUUCCCCUAAGAGAAACAAACAAAACUUAUAAUUGAUUUUUUUAAUUAGUUUUUAACAUGAUCAAGGAGAGUUGUCCGUGAUCCAUGUGCUUAAUAACCAAAGUUUGUAGUUACCAUAGUUACCAUUGAAUAUGACCAUGAUACCAGAAUCCCAUAGGUUUUUUUUUUACCUCUUUCCCCUUUUUAGUAUGUUGUUUUUGUUGACAUCCUUGACCAAUGCAUAUAUUUCUAUAUAUUAUAUAUUUUCUUAUUUCUUAUAUAUCUGUAAUUUAGUUCUGUGAAUGAUUAUGACCAGAGAAUUUCUUCAUGUACAUUAUAUCCUUUUAAUAUGAUUUGGUUCUAUUUUCAUCACUUGCUACAGUUAUGAUCUCUCUGGUAGAAAAAGAUACACUUUAAUUGACAAGUUUGUCCUAAUCAAACCAGACAUGGGAUCUAGCCUGAAAUUUACUUUUUAAAUACAUUCCAAAAUGGACGUUGUUGAAUUUGUUUACAAUAUUCUCUUAGAAUGUAAGAAAAAUGUUCCUGAAAAUUGUAAGAACAAUAAUUAAUACCCCCUCCCCAAGAAUAAUAAUAUGGUGAUAUUGUUUUUUGCAAAGAUGACAGAUCCCCCGGCCCCCUCCUUUUCUUUUUUGCCUUGCAUGUCUGCCUUGCUUCAUGGUCAUGUGCCUGCAGAACGAACUGCAUCUGAAUAUUUUCAAACAUGUCACUAAAUAUGACUUAUUAAACCUGUGCUACAUUGUA